AAGACCGCGUCCAAGCUUAAGGCCCCCAAGAAGAAGGCCGCAACCACCAAGAAGUCCACUGCCGCUGCCACUAAGAAGAAGGCUGCUGCCGCCACCAGCACCACCGCUGCCUCUGCAGGAAAGGCCUAAACGAUGUUAGUGAACGACGACAACGAUGAUGAUGGUACUGCGUGGAAUGGUGUUCUGGUGCUGGGAUGUGCCCCAUUUGCUUUUUCUUUUCUCUACCUCAAUACCAGCACCACAAAUCAGCAAACUGCCAAGCAACAAUCGACAAUCGACAAAAAAAUAUUAGGAUAUCUCACUAUAAUGCAUGAUGUGUUCGCCUUUUCAAAUCAAACUUGGUCUCUUUUUUUUGUUUUGUUCUUCUUUAACCGUUGUCGUCGCCUCAUUGCGAUUUAAAGGAAACGUGUCCGUCUUUUGGCUCUACAACA